AUUAAGUACCACUUGUUUAAUUCAAAAUGGCGUCUCCAUUCUCCGAACCAACCUCACAUGUUCAAAUCUUUGGAUCAUACAAAUCCCAGGUGAAGAGCACUUUAAGAACAGAAGAGCUAAGUCGGGUGUCAGAAAAAAGAUCGCUAGCUACGAGACUUGAGUUCGAUGAGAGUUUUGAUGGGUUUCAGCAACCAAAGAUUCCAAAACUUAACAGGGAUCCGUUCGAUUCUGCGUUAGGACGGAAAAGGUUUGCAAGUGAAAGCUCAGGAGCAGUUACUAUCCUGCAAAAGAAGAAUGAAGAACUCAAUGAGAAAAUAAAAGCCCUGACAGUGGAAUCAGCUGGAGAUCUGGCAAAAAUAUCAAGAUUAGAAAACAAGUUUGAGCAGGCUGAGUUGACCCACAAGAAGGAGAAACUGGAUUUAGAAAACAAACUCGAGAAAACAACCAGACUCUACAAACUUGAAGUUGAUAAAUGUUCUGAUCUUGAAUACAAGAUAAAGAAGCUGAUUGACAAGAAAGAGAAUAAAGAUGAGAAAGUUGCAGAAAAUAGAAGACACUCUUUAAACAGAACUGAUGAACUAGAGAACAAGGUGCGUAGUCUCCGUGAUACCCGGAGUAGAUUGGAAGGAAAACUUGAACAACUUCAAUCUCAGUUAUCUAGAAGACCAGAUAUAGAUACAUUCACUUAUAAUAACCAGAUUCACAAGUUCGAGGCUGAUGUGUCUGACCUCCGGCAGAGGCUGAGGGAGGCCGAGGACAAGAAUAAAAUGUUAAAAUCAAAGCUGGAAGGACAUGAAGUCCAAGGUUCAGCAUUCUUAAAAACAAAGGAGGAAUUGCUCCGUUAUAAGAACCGAGUAGAGAAGCUUGAGUCUGAGAUGGAAGCGAACAGGGAUGUAGUUCUACAGAGGAGAAUAAUGCAGGAGAAGUUGGAGAAGUUUGCAGAACUUGAGAGAGAGAGCAUUAGUCUUAGGAGUAGAAACCAGCUGCUUGUACAGACACAGGAUAAUAUAAGACUACUGAACGAACAGAUCUUGAACCUAAAGGAGGACAAGGAGAGGGCUGAGUCCCAGGUCAAGGACAGGGACAACAUCAAAGCUGAUUUUGAGAUAGUCAGGAAGGAACUAGAAGGAUGGAGGGAGCUAAUAAUGGAUAUAACUCCUGCCGAUGACCGAGGAAAGCUAGGAGAACGGGGAGAACUAGGACUACACACUGCUCGACAGAUAAUCCAAUCCUUGAGGAGAAGGGAGUUGGAGAUGGUUACAUCACUUGCUGAUACAAAGAGCGAAUUAAACUUUGAGAAAGAGAAGAAUAAUUCAUUACUUGAGAAGAUCAAGAUAGUGGAGUUUGAUCUAUCAAGAACUAAAACAGGACAGCAUGCUUCAUAG